CGCUCGAAUUCAUCGUCUACGAACACACAUACACUCAACUCCCCCUAAUCUGGAACUUCCUUUACAAACCUCCACCCGUCAGACGACUGCGCAUGCGUAUGACAGCCGCUAACCUACGCAGAGUUUUUUAUGGCUAGUGGCUGGACGCUUGAAGAUUUGGAUGAAGCAACCCUUGCAGCUGAAUUGUCAAACAUGGCUGGGCUAAACAACGAGCUUGUCAACACUCCUACAACUGCAUACAACAUGAGCGACGUGCUCUCGCUCGACAUGUUCAAGUCUGAUGCUGUCUACCAAGCCGCUAUGGAUCUGUCGUCUCCCUCAUCCGGUCUGCAGUUCAUUCUCUGCGCUGCUACAUCGCCAGCCCAACGAGCAGGAGAGGAGACGCUCACAAACAUCAAUAGAGGUCAAGGUUAUGAGCUGAAGAUGAAAGGGACCGGAAAUAGACAACAACUGGAGGGACAAGUUGUGAAGACAGUGCUGAAGAUCUGUUUUCAUGAGAGAAGAUAUCAAAGCUCGGAAAGAGAACAGUGGGACAUAUGGAGACAUGACCAUCCAGGAGAAAGAGCUCUUGAUGUAGACUAUGCCAGUUGUUUUAAUGUUACAAACAUGGAAUGUGAUCCUAUGGUGACAAGUGCUGCUGUCAUCACUUGGGAACCCAUCAGGGAUGCAAGCGUUUUCUUUAAGGUUGGUUGUCUAAGCACUGAAUUUGCAGCACGUAAGCACGGGGGAGAGAAAGGAGUUCCUUUUAGGCUACAAGUUGAUACAUUCAAUGCUUGUGAUGAUCACAUUCAUUCUGCUGGAUGUCAAGUCAAAGUAUUCAAGGACAAGGGAGCAGAUAGGAAGAACAAGAUGGACGUCCUGAGAUUAGAGAAACGCUCACAACACGAUGCAAGUCAAUUUCAACCUUCGUUUGACUUCACUGUUCUUACAGAACAACCAUUAGAUUCAUGCACUGCUUCACAGUCAUCAAAUAUUCUAGCAGUUGUAAAGACAGAACCCGGCUCUUAUGAUUCGUACUCUUCAAGCUCGAGUGCUAUUAGUACACCUCAACCGCAACUCAGAGGAGGGCCAAGUCUCUCAUCACUAACUACACCAGAGUUUUAUCAUAAGCUCAACUUAGCUGCGUUUGAGAAUGCAAGGCUUCUUCCUGAAAGUACACGUGAGGAAGUGAGGUCAUGGCUUGAAGCGAAUCAUUUUGGACCUUUUCUUGCAGUUUUAGGGAAUUUUACAGGUGCUGAUAUUCUUCGUUUGACUCGUGAUGAAAUGAUACAGAUACUGGGACCUGCAGAAGGCAUUCGUUUAGACAAUGCCUUACAACUCAGAGCGAUGAGACCUCGCUGCGUCAUCUACGUGUCAGUGGAAGGAGAUCAAGUGUAUCAAGCUGUCUAUCUGGAGUCACUGUCUCUUAUCGAAUUACUUAGGAAAUUUGCAGAAAAGUUGAACAUUGUAUCAGAACAAAUAUCUGCUCUUCAUAGAAUUGUUGGACCAUCAGGAAUUCCAGUUGCAGUUGACAAUGAGAUGGUGCAGACGUUUGUGAGCGACAUGACAUUCCAGCUGCAAGUAAUUAGAGAUGAAAGCAGUAACACCUGCAGGCUGGUAAUGAAGUAGUUGAUAGCAACUAGUCAGCAUUUUUAUAACAAUGAUUUCAACAUUUUGAAGUGAGAACACUUAGUGUUAUAUCCCUGUUCUAAGCUGUUCUGACUGUACAGUACAAUACAUCCAUAAUGUAUUCCUUUCUAAUGUUGUGUAUUAGAAGUCUCUGUUAUCUUCGUCUACUUCGUUUCCGAGAUGAAUACUUUGACCGGCUUGCUUUCCGUGGGACAAUGCGUACUGGUGGAACUAAACACGUACAAUCAAUAUGUAUAGUUUCAGUAACGUUAUUGGUUAAUAGAUAUUGAUAUUAACUGUG